UACAACAAUAAUCAACAAGAUAUAUUGAACGAUUAUGAUGAUCAUCAUAACCACAAUCAUUAUUAUUAUCAUAAUCGAUGGCUAGAAAAUCUUUCCUGGUUAUCGAAACAUGGACCAACAACUGCUAUGAUAAAACCAAAAACAUUGCAGACACAGCCAUCAUCAUCAUCAUCAUCAUCAUUAUCAUCGAUAAAAAAAUCGAUGUCAACUGAAAAUUCAACAUUGUUGGAAUCUAACAAUUUUUAUUGUUUAUCACAUAAUGAUGAUCAUCAUGAUCAUGCAAAGUAUCAAUCAAUUGAAAAAUGGCCGGAAAUAAUAAAUAUGAAUAGUGGCCAUAAACCUAAAUAUGCAUCAAAUGACAUUAAUAAUGGAUCACAUCUAGUAACAUCAUUGAAUCAACCAAGUGGCGGCGGUGGUGGUUCCAAAGAAGAGCAACGAAAAAAUGCCUGUCUUCGUGAACGUACAAGAAUGAGAGAUAUGAAUCGUGCAUUCGAUAUGUUACGUGAUCGAUUACCAUAUAUACAACCUAGACAUUUACAUGGCAAACGUGUAUCAAAAAUUGAAGCCUUAAGGAUGACUAUCAAAUACAUCAAACAAUUACAACAAAUGAUUAAUGAAUGAAAAAUAAGGACAAUUUUUUUUUCAUAUUCGUAGAUUUGUUAAGAA